GGUUUUUGUCUCAAAGGCGAGGUUCAUAAAGCAUUGCACUUUCAUGACAAGGUGGUAGCACAAGGAUUUCAGUUGAAUCAAGUUAGUUACGGGACUUUGAUCAACGGGUUAUGUAAAGUUGGAGAAACAAGAGCAGCUCUAGAGUUGCUGAGACGAGUUGAUGGGAAAUUGGUUCAACCUAAUGUGGUAAUGUACAGCACGAUUAUUGAUAGUCUGUGCAAAGAUAAACUUGCUUCGGAUGCAUGUGAUUUAUAUUCUGAAAUGGUUGUCAAGAGAAUUUCUCCUAAUGUUGUCACUUACAGUGCACUAAUUAGUGGCUUUUGCAUCAUGGGUCAAUUAAAAGAAGGAAUUGAUUUGUUUAAUAAAAUGACAAUGGAAAACAUCAACCCAGAUGUGUAUACUUUUAAUAUAUUGGUUGAUGCUUUUUGUAAGGAAGGGAAGUUGAAAGAAGCUAAAACU